CAGAAAUCUCUUGCGCAAUAAAAUUGUCCCUCGGUUCACACCGUACAUGAUCCCACAACAGAGGAAGCGAGCUCAGCAGCUAUCAGGUUUUCAAAAUAAAGGACUUCUUCUCUGCUCCUGUCAACAUGGUCAACGUACACAAAGGUGUCCUUGUUGAAUGUGAUCCUGCCAUGAAACAGUUCCUCCUCUACCUGGAUGAAAAAAUGGCUCUGGGCAAAAAGUUCAUCCUCAAGGACCUCGACGACACACACUUGUUCAUCCUGGCAGAGGUGGUUCACACCCUCCAGGAGAGAGUUGGCGAGUUGAUGGACCAGAAUUCAUUCCCGGUCACGCAGAAAUAACACCUGACUUUUUUUUUUAAAAUAACUUUUUCGUUGGACAGUUUGAGUGUUGGGCUUUAAAUGAAAAUGUGAAAAGUGGUUUGCAAUGUUUUAACUGCAGACUUAAGUUUGUUUUUGUAUGAAUGUUAGAAACAUAAAGUUGUGUUGGCUUCA